CACUGACCCCGGAGAGGAGUCGUGGCUCAGCUAGCAUCCAGGGCUAACGAGGUGGAUGGGAAACACCGUGCUAAAGAAGGCGUCGUGUGCACAGUAGGCAGCAAGAUUUCGGCGACUUGAAUAUCCCCAGCUAAUCCCUGACCGACCAUUAUCCCUCCAUGCUGUCCUGUAAGGGCAGAUAACGCUAAUAGCACACACUGCCUCUUAAAUUAGCCAUCGUGCAAGAGAGUAAACUGCGUCGGACGUGAAGGGGCUUCCGUGUCUUGCUCUGGAGUUCUACUUUAUUUUAUGAGAGAAAAACACAGCUGCUGUAUCUACUCCUAGUAUAAUUUCAGAAAAAUGAGGUUGCCAAAUAAGCGUAACACUGAAGGAGACGGAAAGAAGAUGGACCAAGCCCCUCCGACAAGAAAUCCAUUUGUGCACAUCUUGAAAUACACCCCUAUGGAAAAAGCAAAGAUUGCAGUAAUGACAGUCACACUGUUUCCUGUCCGGCUGCUCAUAGCUGCAUUCAUGAUGCUGCUGGCCUGGCCUUUUGCCUUUUUGGCCACAUUAGGACGCUCUGAAGACGGGGUCGAACCUCAGUGUUUUUGGCGGAGACUGGUGGACAUCAUUCUGAAGAUCAUCAUGCGGGUCAUGUGGUUUGCAGGAGGGUUCCAUUGGAUCUCUGUAAAAGGUCAAAGGGCAUUGCCUACUGAGGCACCAAUCUUGACCUUGGCACCCCACUCUUCAUAUUUUGAUGCCAUUCCAGUCACAAUGACAAUGUCAUCUAUUGUCAUGAAGGCAGAAAGCAAGGACAUACCCCUUUGGGGCACAUUAAUAAAGUAUAUCCGACCAGUGUUUGUGUCAAGAACUGACCAAAACUCCAGAAAGAUGACAGUUGAAGAGAUCAAGCGUAGAGCCCACUCAGGAGGUGACUGGCCCCAGAUAAUGAUAUUUCCAGAAGGCACAUGCACAAACAGAUCUUGUCUGAUUACUUUUAAACCAGGUGCAUUCAUUCCAGCUGUACCAGUACAGCCUGUAGUUAUUCGAUAUCCAAAUAAACUGGACACUAUCACAUGGACAUGGCAAGGACCUGGGGCGUUUAAAAUUCUGUGGCUUACUCUUUGCCAGCUACACAAUGAAUUUGAAAUAGAGUUUCUUCCUAUCUACUCACCAUCAGAGGAGGAGAAAAAGAACCCAGCCCUCUUUGCUGUUAAUGUGAGGCGGAUUAUGGCCAAAGCCCUGGGGGUCCCGAUCACAGACUACUCAUUUGAAGACUGCCAGCUGGCCAUGGCAGAGGGCCAGCUCAGACUGCCCGUCGACACCUGUCUGUUGGAGUUUGCCAAGCUUGUCAGGAGGCUGGGGUUGAAAUCAAAAAACACAGAGAAGGAGCUGCAGGAAUAUGGAAAUAAAGCCAGGAAACUGGAGGGUCAAAAACUAAGUCUAGAGGACUUUGCUCAAUUUCUGGAUUUGCCUGUUUCUGACAUGCUGCGUGACAUGUUUGCUCUCUUUGAUGAGCAUGAAGACAACUGUAUUGAUAUCAGAGAAUAUGUGAUAGCCUUGUCUGUUGCAUGCAGACCUGCUAAAACCAUGGAGACAUUGAAACUGGCCUUCAAGAUGUUUGAGUCAGACAAUAAUGGAGCCAUCACAGAGACUGAGUUGUCAGUCAUAUUGAAGACCGCUUUAGGUGUAUCAAACCUGAGUGUGUCACGCCUCUUCUCGUCUAUUGAUUCAAAGGACACAGGGAAGGUCACAUAUGACAUGUUCAAGUGCUUUGUGGAGGAGAACCCAGAGUUCGAUGAGGAGUAUUUGUAUGUAGUAAAUCCACAGCUCCAGAGAGGCCCAUGUCACCAGAAGAAACCAAGUUUGUCUUCCCUUGCCUGUCUCAACCUGCCUGGCAUCGCCACCACCAAAACUGCUAACGGUAUCUUUUGCCCAGAUUUUAGUGAUGGCAAAACAGAUGGACUCAAGAAACACAAUUAACUGUUCUGCGAAGUUAAGCAAGCAGCACUCUCCUGGUGAGAGUGAAGUGCUACACCAGUUACAUGUAUAGCAGAAAGGGAAGAAUUCUUUCAAUGGUUAGCUUACCUGAGGUUUUAUUCGUAUAUUUUAAAAAUUAUUUUCAACAAGAUAUUUUUGUUAUAAUACACAGGUUUUUAUUUUGUCAAAUCAAAGACUGUCUAAAGGCCAAAUGGUGGUUCUUAAAAAUACAAAAGUUGGACUUUGCACUUAAAACACCCACAGAAGAAAUCUUUGUGUGCCCUCACACUUUGUGCAUGCAAACUCAAGGAGGGAGACGAUAUUAGAUGCCAGCUCUGGACAGUGAACACAUUAGUCAAUUCAGUAUUUGAUUUUUGGCUUGUGUUUCUAAGAUUUCUAAAACUCCUCUGUUAGCUGCCUUUGUGACCUUAAAAGUGCAGAAUGCAUGAGCUCAUUGUUCUGAGCGUCUUUGACAAAUCUUUAUUUAUACAAUGAGACACCAGUGACAAUUCUAGCCUCUUGAAGCUGGUAGUUUCAUCGGGUAAAUUCGAGGUGACUCAUGUCUAAUUUUUUAAAUCAAAAAUUGCUGUGAGCGUGUUAAUGCAUUUAUAAAUACACACAUUAAUUUAGCUCAGGGUUCAGCAACAAAAAAAUGAUAUAUCAACUAUAUGAUGUCAUCACUUUUGACAGUAACAGGGAUGUGUAUUUUUCCAUACCAUACAGUUCUUCCCAAAUAUUCCUUAGAUUAUUUUUCUUUUCUUUUCAGCAAACUGCUACAACUGUCUGUUUCAAAUGCACCCUGUGGACCAAAAACACAUGCCACAUACUGUUUGUAUCAUCCUUAUCUUGUCAAAAGCUGUAGCAGCUCAAAGGGGAAGCACAUCCAUUCUUGACCAACUCAUGACUUUGUUUCUGCAUUACACUGCCACUUUUAUUUAUUUUUCAACAGUGAGAACAUUUUCCUGUGCGAGCCCGGCCAAAGGUUUUCAAAGUAAAUCUCUGGGUGCUUUUUAUACCCAUCUGUUGUACAUGUAUUCUUACUUUUGUUAAGUUAUUUUGGACAUAUUGCCAGGUCUUUAGCAGAUUUUAGUGAAAUAUUUCUAUAAUGAAGGAAUUUCAACUUAGCCAUUUAUUUUAGCAUUCAUUUAAAUAACUGAUGGCUGUAUGUUUACAUAGAACAAAAUGUUAAGCCAUGUAAAUAUACAGUGUCCUAACAAGUAAAAUCAGCAUUAAAAAUGGUUAUUUACUCAUAGGUAUAUUUUCAUAGAACACAAACAAUAUUGUAUAGGUAAAAGGGAAAGUUGUUUUCUGUUAGAAUUUACAAAAUAAUCAACUUUAGACAUUUUAUCACAAGUUAUUUUUUAAAAUGGCAGGACUUUUACUUCAGUGAGGCUGCUCCCAGUCCUUUUUUGUGCAUAUUUUUGCUAUUAGCAAAGCAAUAUCUUAGUUUCUUGAGCAUUCUCAAGUAUACAUUUUAGAAAACUCUUGAUGUGUAUCAAACAUUCCAAAUGCAGGACAUUUUGUGAAUUUUUGAUGUACAUAUACUGUUUGACUGAAUUUUAUUUUCACUGCCAUGUCAAAGAUCUAUGAUCUCUAGAUUGUACUGAUAGUUAAAUGAACCAUGUUUUGUUUUUCUAUAUUCUAUAGUGCAAGGUGAUUUAAAAUCAUUCAGGUUAUUGCUGAGUAAAGUACGUAAAUCAACAUGCAAAUUUCAUUAGGGAGCUAAUGGUUUUUGAAUCUAGGGUGUUGUUCAAAAAAUAGAAUGUAUCUAGACAAUCUUGUCACAAUCAGACUCCUCAGAACACUGUUGUACGAUAUAUUCCUCCACUCUGUUACAAGUCCGUGUGCAGGUCGGACUGGGCAAGCCUGAGUGCUGAGCCUCGAGGAGACAGUCGCUAUGAUAGGCCCCAUGGCUCACACUGCACACGCCAUCAUCCAAUGGUUUUGAGAACUGCCCCUUUACUCCUUUGUGUGUUUGUAUUCUGCUUGCACUUUAGAUUAUGUUUAAUACUGUAUAACAUGUUAGAACCAUUUGUUACAGUAUUUUUUUUUCCAUGUAUCUUUUAGUAAUAUGAAAAGAUCAAGUGUUUGUUACAAAAUGGGAACCAAUAGGAAAGUAGCAACUUUCUCUUUGAGAUUAAUGUAGAAAUAUUAAACUGACUGCAACUGCAUGAUGACUGAAGUGGGUAUACACUGAAGUCAUUUGUUGGAAAACACUUGGGCAUGCCAGAGGCAAAUUGACUGUGAAUUUUACCUACAGAAUGUGUGUUAAAUUCUAUAGACGCUCUGCAGAUCUUAUCUGCUCUGGGGUUGCUGGGGUUUGUUGGGCUACUACUUCACCUUUGUUUUAUAUACUUUUGUUUCAGCUACCUCAUUGGAGGUGAGGCUGCUGUUUUUGUCUUUUUCUGGAAAAAUGUAAACUUUGCAACAAGACAAAGCUAUAUUGAUGCUACUGCUGCCUGCUCAUUCCAGUUGAUCCAGCGGUGAGCCUAAGAUGAGAGACUUGUGUACUCAGCCAGGGUGAUGUCUCUUUGAUGGCUUAUGCCUCAUACUGGUGUCUGUUUCUCUCUGCAGCUUUACUUUAUUUUUCUAUACCUAAGUUUUAUUUUAUUAUUGCAUUUUGAUGAAGAGUCAAUACUGCAAGAUGCUAUGAAUUUUGUCUGAAAUGGACUGCUAUGAAAACUUGUCAAUGUGACUCAUACAGAAUUAAAAUAUAAUCAAAAAGUUUA